CACACACACACACACAUACACACACAAACACACACUCACAAACACAAACACACACUCACAAACACACGCUUUGAUUGCACACUCUUUGCAUUCUUUUUUUGCGUUUAUAAACGUCCAUUUUUUACUACACUCCUUCUCUACCUUUGGGGUGUACAAAUUGUAUAUCUCUUUCCUCCUCAAAUGUAUAAACAGCGCCCGUGCUCCCCACAAGAGAACUAAGUGGUUCUUCCCUGAAAUGACAUACAAUAAGUUAAAUUGGGAGCAAAUAUUCUCAAACUCAAAAGACAAAGUAGAAGUAGCCAGAGGCACAAUAGAUAUCGUUUUCUUAGGUUGAAGAAUGCCGGUUUGUUCCCAGACAUAUUCUGUGUUGCUAAUAGUAGAGCUGCAAGUCUGUGGGAAAGAAUCAUGGCGUCCAUGCUGAGCGACAGAAUCCCUGUUCUGAACAUUGCCACUAACAUGAGCACAACAACGUCCCUGCAACAACAACAACAACCAUCUCUGGCCCAGCUCGAUCUCUUUGACCCGACCAACGCCUCUGCCACCAUGUCUUGCGGGGGCCAGAACGUCUCCGACCACUACAAAGAGUUCUACAUGAUGGCUCAGUUUAUCACUGGCCUCAUUGUCUACCCAAUUCUCUGCAUCAUUGGCAUCACAGGAAACGUCCUAGCCUUGGUGGUGUUAAAUCACAGAGACAUGAGAACAUCAACAAACGUUUACCUCUCCUCCCUCGCCGUCUCUGACACCUUCAAGCUCCUCAACGACGCCAUGUAUGUCAUUAUCGUCGCCAUAUCUCAGUCGGACCAAGACCUCUCUGAAAAAUUCAUGAGCAGCUUAUACCCCGUAGCUCAUUACGUAUUCAACAUGUCGGUCUGCGUGACGUCAUGGCUGACAGUGAGUGUGGCUGUAGAGCGGUAUAUUUCCGUCUGCUAUGCGUCGCGAGCUAAACAACUCUGCACCAUCCCCAGAGCGAGAUUUGUCUGCACCUUUGUCUUCAUUUUCAUGAGCAUCCUGGCCAUACCGUCUGGGCUACGCUACGAAAUGAUCACGAUUCAGGACCACACGCUGAACACGACGUGCGUGGAAAUCGUUCCAACCACGCUAGGGAACAAUGAGGCGUUCAUGAAACCUUGGUCGUGGAUCCAGAACUCGCUGCGUGGCAUCAUCCCUGUGUUCAUCCUAGUCUACCUAAACGUCCGCAUCAUCAACGAGCUGCGCAAAGAGCGAGUCAAGGGGAAGAAGUUUUCUGCACGCAAUCGCAUCACGCUGAUGCUCAUAGUGAUUGUGUUUAUGUUUCUGGUAUGCAUCACGCCAGAUGCCAUCAUGUCAACGUUCUUCGGGAAAGGCUACGUAGAAGAGGACCAUCUGGUCAAAGGAAUACGGGAGAUCACCGACUCUCUCCUAGCUGUCAACUCAGCCUUUAGCUUCUUCCUCUACUGCACUAUGAGCGUUGUGUUCAGGACAACCUUCGUGAAGAUUUUCUGGCCAUUUCCUCGGAAACCUGGAGACGGGGAAGCCAUACAGCUCACGUGCACCAACGCCUCCAGCACAGCGGCAAAAAAACAACAGCAACAGAAACAGCAGCAGCAGCAGCUUCAACAGAACACCACCACAACAGCUGAUCAUGUAGGACUGGUCAACAGCUCUCAGGUGGUCAGAGCAAACGGCUGUUCUCAUGCCGCGGAAGAUGGGGCUGGAAAGGAAGACUAUUUGUGACGUGUCACCUCAGGCAGAAGAUUGUUACAACCGACUGACAAGUAAUUUCCUAGAGAAUAUUGCCCGUGGUAAACUGCUUCAGUGGCAUAAAGUUCUGACACUUGAUGCGUUUUCCAAAGUGAAAAUUCAAGAUUGUAGUCUCUUCCUGCUUUUCACACGUGGAGAUAUUGAUUGUCAUUAAGGGAACAUGUUGUUAACUCUUUCAACAUCAUGACGUGGGAGCACAGACUCUAUUCUGUGGAACAGAAAGCACAUUUUUGCUGUAAGGAGACAAAAUGGUUAACGAUUCUGUGGUCUUCUUUUUUCACUAUAAUAAUGGUCCAAUCUCCUAUUGAAAGACAUGAUUUCUGUAAUUUAUUGUAUUUGCACAUUUGGGUCACAUUAUACAUUACGCCUUCAAAGAGUGUUUCACCCACGCAUGUAACAUUGGUGUGACCUUUUUAUUUUAAGGCGCCGCGCCCAUCAUAACUCGUGUACAGGAAAUAACAUCGCUUAAGACACUUACCAAACGGAGCAUACAGCAUUGCAUUAAUUGCAAAGGUAUAGAGCUAUGGGGUGAAAGAGCAGAGACUCAUAAUACCCUUGUCCGACUCCAACCGUAUAUUAUACCCCAAAUUAGGCCGUACCAUUUGUUUUGUUGUUGUUUUUUGUGGGGGGUUUUAUUGGGGGGGGGGGGGUAUGAAUUAUACUGUUGUUUUAUUCUCCAGUGCACCAGAAAUGCUCAAGGCUUAACGUUGAGUAUUCUUUUUACUUAUUACAACAUCCAAUCACCAACUGUUCUUACGGUUGAGUAUAACAUAAACUGCGACAAAGAAUCUGUCGGACCUUAAUUGAUGGAAACACAGGUGAAGAGAGCGGACACCAACGACAAGCAGAUUGUCGUGUUGCAAAUGGCGAUGGUUUCUUUUGUUCUUACAACUGAAGCAAAAUGGCUCUCUCAGCUGCAAUUUUAUUUUUUAGCCGGUUUCAGCCUUAGCUGUAGAAAUGAUAACGUACAUAUGAGAGGGGGUGUAAAGAAGCAGCGAAAGGAUUGAAAUCAAUAUUUGAUUCAUAUCUUUUGUCAAAACAGAAUAUUAUUUUCGUCAUGUUUUCGUUUUCCAGACCUUUUGUAAAACUCUUUUUCUCUUGGGAUGAUUCUGCAACGGCAACCCGUGGCAAAACGUUCCUAUGUGUUAUCGGACGCUGACAAUUGCACAAUCAAUGUGUCAUCAUUUCUUGUGUGGAAAGCAAAAUGAAUUUUUCAUCUCCUGUUUCUCAACUUUACGUGAUUUUUAUUUUCUGUUUUAUGUUCAAUAUUUGUGCUGAUGCCCUCGCUGUUGGAAGAGACAGCUUUGUGGAUUUUCCUGUUUUGACAUUGAUGAGGGGCUGUGGCUUUUUAAUCCCUAAAUAAUGAAGGUGUAUUCUGUAUUAAUGAAUCUUUAUCCUGGAUUAAUGAAUGUAUAAAGAUAAUUUGUAUGAUGGAAUAAUGAAUGUAUAAAGUCUAAUACUCAUUUUGUCAUUGUCAUGUCUCCUUGUUAGCACAGUUUUUGGAGUCGCCCGUCUUAGAAAACAGCCAAGACCUUCUGCUGGAUUCAUGAGCAAAUUUUUAAAAUGUUGAUGAUACUAAAUCCUCAUAGAUUAUGGGAGACAGCGAGAGAGAGGAAGGGGUUGGGAGAGACAGAGUGUGACAUUUAAAGAAAAGAAGCUGAGAAAGACAGGGAACGAAAGAGAAUGAAAAGACGUGAAGAAAAAAAGCAGAAGAAAGAAAUAAUUAUUAAGAUAUGUAAAAAGGGCAGGGGAUGGGGUAGAGGGAACGAGUCGAGAAAAAAGCCGACGCAGAAGGUAAAAGAGAAGGAAGAACAGAAAAAGAAAAACAGAGAGAACGACACAUAGGAUAUAAUCGACAGAAUGAUGUUCAGGAUAUGGUCUACGAAAUGAUGUUUUACAACAUCAGAUUGACAAACAGGAAAACAGAUCUGCCAGUGACAUCUUGCAGUAUAUUGGGGGGUUUUUGUUCAGACGCACUCCUCUGUGUUGCAAGAAUGUCCAUCUACUGUACAUGGGAUAAAUGCAAUUGUUUAAAAAGUGAUCAGAAAUCUAGGCAAAAGGAAAAAGUAUCAUUAAAGUGUAAAAUAAAUUUACAGUAGAGAAGAAAAGCAAUUAAUACGAGAUGAAGUGUUUCAAUAUGUUUUUAAUUUUUGAACAAUCAAAUGAAGAGCACGAAAUUGCUCACAACUUUCAUCUUAGUGGCAAUAUUGCAUGUAUUGGAUCAUUAAUACUGUGGAUUAUUUUCGCCCUCUUUAUUCAGUCGGCAUUUUUUAUUAUUUGCAGUGAGGUGGUCUGUAUGUAAUCCUCAAAAGAUCUGUUAGUGUUGUUAGUGACUUGUUUCAAACGUUUUCUGGACCCUUCAACCCUCUGGCUCAGAACUUCCUGAGAUCGGUGUUAAAUCAGAUGUCUUAUAGUAUUAUACCGUGCUGCAUCCACGUUGAAACUAUUGCCACUCGAGUUCUUUGUGCUUGGUUUUCAUGCUUAAAGUGUGAUUGCGAACUCAAUAUCUCGUGUUGACUUUUAACUGAAGUGUUCAUUUUUGUCUGGACAGUAGAUGCGAAUAUGUGAAUGAUUGUGUCUGGCGUUUUCCAUACAGAUUCUAUUUCGCUAGUAUAAUAUAAUUAUGAACUUUUGUCCCCAAUUUGAAGGAUGAAGGUAUUGAAAGUUUCGAUUUUAUUAGAGAUUGCCUUUUAUAAUAAUUGCAAAAAGACAGAAAGAGAAUACUAACAGGCUUUUAAAAAGUAAUUUGUACAUUAUAAGUUUUGCUUGUACGCUACUACCUGGAGAAAGCACAAUUUUCUUAACAAUUUUUUAAAAUCUCGUCUUAACCCCCAAUAGCCACACUGUCAUAAUUAUGGCAUUUCUUUGCUUUCUCCAACUCUGUAGCAGCAAGAACAGCAUUACUCUGUCUAUUAGAUCUAGAUUAUAGUUGUUAUUUACGAAAGUUAGACUUUCCAUGAUGUACUCAAGUAGCUAAACUUACCCUGUCAUUUUGCGUCUGCCCUGAUCAGGAAAAAAAA